AUGUCGAAGCUUUGGAAUUGGUACCAGUAUUAUUUAUCAAAGUACCCAUUUAGAACCGAGAUGGUGAGCUCAGGCAUCAUAUGGGGCAUUGGUGAUAUGGCUGCUCAAACCAUAACGCACACUACCGCCAAAAAACGCAAUGAUGAAGAAAAGGAGCGUUUCCACAUUAAUUGGAAGCGAGUUGCUAAGACGAGUUUGUUUGGUAUCGGAUUUGUGGGCCCCGUCGGCCACCUCUGGUAUGAUUGGCUGGACAGCUUCAUCAGGCUGCGCCUGAAGCUACACCCGAGAUCGUUCUGUUUCAUCGCAAUGAAAGUUGCUCUCGACGUGACGAUCUUCGGGCCGAUGGACUUGCUCCUCUUCUUCACCUAUAUGGGCUUCACGUCCGGGAAAUCCGUCUCCCAAGUGGCGGAAGAAUUGAGGCGCGACUUCAUCCCAGCCGUCAUCCUCGAGGGGACCAUGUGGCCGUUCGUCCAGAUCGCCAACUUCAGAUUUGUGCCUGUUGAGUAUCAACUCCUCUAUGUCAACAUCUUUUGCUUACUCGACAGCUGCUUCCUCUCGUGGGUCGAGCAGCAGGAAGAAGCCCUUCCCUGGAUGGAUUGGUUCAAGUCUUGCAUGCCUGCAGACAAGGCAGGGUCCGGCUCGAAACCGACUGCAGACGAGUUAGAGGCUAGGUCGUUGAUGGGCGCACACGAGGCAGACGAGAAUGGGUAACUCCAUACCCAUCUCCGAUGCUAGAGAAUAUGUGGAAAUGCAACUGAAGCAGUCAUACAUAUCUAGUUCAACGUGAUGUUAAUAAUUCCUAUCAAUUCUCCAAUAAUAGCAACACACAGUUCAUUAGCCUAUU